GAGCACGUUUUUCUGUAUGUGGGUGGCAGAAAUAUUCACACUUCAUCAUAUUGUUGCACUGUGCGCAACCUCUGCAUUUAUAGCUGCCAUUCGGAAGAGGGCGUAAAAGAGCCUGUCUGAUUUUCUUUUGUGGCUGGCAGUUCAGUUGGCAUGGACCAAUUUAUUGUGUAAAUUGUGACCUCUCUUAUAUACAACAAGUAGUGGAUUCUUAAAUUCAGUCGGCAAAGCUGGGUCCGAUAAUAAAACAUGCCAGUGUUUCUUGACAGCAUCUCCCACGUUUCACGAGUUCAAAGUACAGUAUAUGUGGUUGUGAACAUUACAGAGUGUUCUUUAGCUCUAGUUGGUCUUUUUUGUAGCAGUUCAUCUCUGUUUUCCCCAAUGGCAAAUUAAGAGCUUCAUCCACACAUUGUGGAGAAUAGCCUCUUCUAACAUGCUGACCAAACCGGACACGUUGUGUGCGCGAGAGUUGCAAAAUAAAUUUAGAAAUCCAUGUUAUUCAAUUAUUGCACCCACACUGCUCGAGCGUGCCAACGAGCGUUUGCGACGCCAAGGGCUAAAAUUGAACUCAUUCCUAUUUCUGACGCAGAUCUUGCUGCAAGUCCUGCCUCUCCCAUCCCAUUGGUUUAUAGAAGCAGGUACCUGCGUGCCAUCUCCUCAUUGGUUAUACCCAUGUGGGUGGUUGAAAGACAAACUGUUUUGCCAGUAGUCGUGGUAAUACAAUGAAAGUUUAGAUGCGAUUAAACGAUGAAAAAGCCUGGAAGGAGGAGAGAUGACUAGAAACAAUUCGGUUGGCCGUUUUAUGUGUGGAUUAAUUGUCGGAGUAGAGGUCCUUGUUCAUUUCAGGAGCCUCCAGGUGGGCGUGUGUUCUCAGGAAUCCAGCCCACGGGUGUGCCCCACCUGGGGAACUACCUUGGGGCUCUGGAGAGCUGGGUGUCCCUGCAGAACCAGUACCCCUCAGUGCUCUACAGCAUAGUGGACCUGCACGCCAUCACCCAGCCCCAGGACCAAGCCCUGCUGCGGGUUAACAUACUGGACAUGGCUGCCAGCCUGCUGGCCUGUGGCAUCAACCCAGAGACAUCUAUCCUCUUCCAACAGUCACAGGUCUCUGAACACGCUGAACUGUCCUGGAUCCUAGGCUGUCUUACCAGUAUGCCCAGACUCAGACAUCUGCCUCAGUGGAAGAUGAAGAGUAAACAGAGGAAUGAGGGGAGUGUGGGGCUGUACACUUACCCCGUCCUGCAGGCUGCAGAUAUUCUCCUCUACAAGUCCACUCACGUCCCAGUAGGAGAAGAUCAGGUUCAACAUCUGGAGCUGGCUCAGGACCUGGCCCGCAUCUUCAACAACACCUAUGGAGACUUCUUCCCUGAGCCACGUGCUCUGCUCAGCUCCACGCGGAAGGUGAAAUCCCUCCGUGACCCCUCCUCCAAGAUGUCCAAAUCAGACCCCCAGAAGAUGGCCACUGUCAACCUCACUGACUCUCCCGACGACAUCGUCCUCAAGAUCCGCCGCUCCGUCACAGACUUCACCUCUGAGGUGACAUUUGACCCUGAGGUUCGUCCGGGCGUGUCCAACCUGGUGCUGAUUCAUGCGGCAGUGGCGGGGUGCACGGUAGAGGAGGCAGUAGGGUGGGCCAAGGGGCUGGACACGGGAAAGUACAAACAGCUGGUAGCGGAGGCCGUGGUGCAGCGGCUCACACCAAUCAGGGAGGAGAUUGAGAGGCUGAGGGGGGACAGGGGGCACCUGGAGAGGCUGCUGGCCCACGGAGCCCAGAGGGCCAGGGAGCUGGCUGCUCCUGUACUCAAGGAGGUCCGCCACAGGGUAGGCUUCUGCUGAGAGGAAAAGGGGGGGAUCAAAUUGCCUGUUUUCUAUGGUUUGUCAAUGAAUGAAUUUAAUUUACUUCUGAAUAAUCCCAAUCCAGAAAGUGUGUGUAUGUGUGACUGGAAGGUUGGCUAUGGUGCUUGACUAUGGGUUGUCAUUUAUGAGGCUCUGUAACUUGUUUCAUAUUGCUGAUAAUGCUUUUUUUUAUUUAUUUAAAGAAUAAAUAUGUGCAGUAUG